UCAAUGUGGAGGCUUAAAUGAAAAUAUAAAUCGCUGAUCGCCGAUCGAAUCCAUUCCAGUCGACGUUGUUCAACGAAACUGAUAUCAGCGAAGUCAAGUGUUGCCGGUGAAGUUUUCUGAAGAUAUAUUUCCAAUUAAUUUGUCAUCAGGCCAUGACUUCAAAAGCAGAAGGUUUUUCCACCAAAGCUAUUCAUGCAGGACAGAGUCCAUUGCAAUGGAGCCAUCGUGCAGUUGUACCACCUUUGGUAAUGUCCACAACAUUUCAGCAGGAUGGUCCAGCUGAGUUUAAGGACUUUGAUUAUGGUAGAAGUGGCAAUCCAAUGCGCAAAGUGCUGGAGACAUGUCUAGCUGCUCUAGAAGAUGGCGAACAUUGUAUUACCUUUUCAUCUGGUUUAGGUGCAACAACUUCAAUUACUUCUUUGUUGGAAACAGGAGAUCAUCUUCUUGCUGGAGAUGAUCUUUAUGGUGGAACCAACCGGUUCAUCCAAAAUUGUUUAAAAAAGCAGGGCAUCACAUAUUCCUUUACAGAUAUGACAAAAGUAGAAAAUGUUAUAAAUGCUAUACAACCAAAUACAAAGAUGGUAUGGCUAGAGACACCAACAAAUCCUUUAAUGAAACUUAUAAAUAUUAAAGACGUCGCUGAUAGCUUAAAGUCUCACCGUCAAGACAUUAUUCUAGUUGUAGAUAAUACAUUCUUGACAUGCUAUUUCCAGAAGCCACUUGAGCUCGGUGCCGAUAUAGUGAUAUAUUCGCUGUCAAAAUAUAUGAACGGUCAUUCGGACGUCAUUAUGGGAGCUGCGAUCACGAACAAACAUGAUCUUGCGAAAAGAUUGCGAUUUUUUCAAAAUGCCAUGGGUAUUGUGCCAUCGCCCUUUGACUGCUUUAUGGUAAACCGAGGCUUGAAGACGCUCGAACUCAGGAUGCAACAGCACAUGAAGAACUCCCUGGCUGUAGCCAAGUUUCUAGAGUCUCAUCCUUGCGUUGAACGAGUAUUUCAUCCAUACCUCCCGUCCCAUCCGCAACAUGAAUUGGCUCUUAAGCAAACAACUGGUCACAGUGGUAUGAUUUCCUUUUACCUGAAAGGUGAUGAGCGCAAGUUUCUAAAAGAAUUAAAGAUCUUUACGUUAGCCGAAUCCUUGGGAGGUUACGAGUCACUAGCCGAAUUACCAUCCCUUAUGACGCACGCAUCUAUACCCGAAGAUAUGCGACUUGCAUUGGGUAUAACAGAUAAAUUGAUUCGGUUAUCUGUUGGUAUCGAAACGGAACAGGAUCUCAUAGCCGAUAUCAAACAAGCAUUAGAUGCUUGUCAAUGAACUAAACGUAGUUACAAAAAUAAUAAUAUAUAUUCUAAUUUGUAUACUAACUCUGUUAAUGUAUGACUGAUAUCAUGAACCCUUUACACAUUUCUACACAAAGAUCUUCAUAGAUGCAAAUAUUUUCUAUCAAUAGGUAUAAAGAGAUUUUAUUUUUCUCACACAUUUUAACAUUCCACAAUUCUCAUAUUUACAUAAGGAACAUUAUAUAGUACAGCAUAAUAAUCAAAUAUUUUUUGACACAUGUACAUCACACUCAUUCCGAUCUCUUUUGGUUGCCUGUGUACUUGCAUUAGAUAUGUGUAUGAAUAUGUGCAAAUAUCUUGCAAAUGUCUGAAUAUAUGCAAAUCUUCUAAAGUUCAGAGACAAUAAUUGUAUUUUAGAAUGACAUUUUUAACAGAUCACAGAAAUUACAAUACAACUGGCAAAAAAUUGCUAGAUUUGACAAACAUAAUUUUCGAGUGAGCAUUUUGUCUUGAUAUAUUUCUGAUAUUAGUAAUAUAUAUUAUCCCAUAUUCUC